AUGGCAGUGAGUGGUCCCCUGGUAUUUUACGGUGGAGCUACGCGGAGACACUUGAGUGUCGCGAUAGUAUUACUGAUCAGCUCAAGCGGAUUUGCCAGUGAAAAGCCGCGAAAAUGCGCGGGCAGUGGAGUUGGACUCAAAUACGUGUGGGGAGAUGCUAUGACGGAUUCGGCUGAUUGCGUCGGGCCCAAUGACAUGCAGUAUCCAGUUGCAGCAAUAGCAAGAAGCUUCAAAAAUCUGUGGGGAAACAGUCGCACAGGACGUGCUUACAAUCACCACAACCACGUUACAGACCCUGAAAAAACGCGCCAAGCACUCCUCCAAAAUUACAAAGCCUCAAGGGGUGAAUAUACCCUCGGCGCAUCACGAAACGGUCGGGGUUACACACCAAAGGAAACAUGCGGAUCACCAGGUCGCCUGUGCAAGACGCGCUACAACACAACAGCACCGAUGUACGGGGUCAGUCUGACUAGCGGUCAGCCGGUAACGAUCGUACAAAAAUUCCCCGACCUACUCCAGCAGGUGGUCUUCGAGGUUUGCGAAUCCAAAGAAUGUGACGUUGUUCACGGUGAAUGUACGCAGACAUACGUCCCAUACCUCUUCCUGGUGAUUCCGCUGGGCCCAGUGACCCUAACAGGUCAGGAUUACGUUCUCGUGGAGAGUGGCUGUGUCUGCAAGCCGAAGAACUCGGUGAAUUCCCACCAAGAAGUGCCCCCAGUUCCCAAACUCUAAUUAAACCAAUUAUUCCAAGAGGCAGAAUUUACUCGUUUCACCGUGGUUUUCUGUGAAAACCAGGAGCAUCAUAAUUAGUAAUAAAAACCAAUUUAAUACCGAGGAUGAAGAGCGACUGUUCAUGGUCGCCCCCGCUGUCGGGUUCUUGACCCAGGGCACCCGAGGCUUUUCCCACGCUCAAUUCUUCCCAACGAAACAAGUCAUAACGGUUGCACAAAGGAAAUUGCAAUGACCGAUAAAGAAUGAGUGCCUAAUAAAAUCGUACAUUCCCAUAUUCUCUAGUUUAUUUUGCAUCGACUGGGAAGUGCAGGGGCAGGCGGGCCGACAGGAGAGAUGAGUGAAGUUGAUUUGAAG